UUUAACUGAAAACUAAAUUUUUACCCCGCGCAUUAAUACGCGGAAGUAUAUUGACACAGAAGCAAUUUGUUCUUAGCAUGAAAUAGAUGUAAACUUUGAUCGUGCGAUUUUUCGUGAAUUAUUCCGUGUGAUCUGUUGGAUUUACGUUCAAACGAGGAUACCAGUCGACAGGAGAGAGAGUCCUGUGAUGUUCGGGAGAUUAUUCUUGAUUCUGGUCGCGCUGCUGGUUUUCUGCAGUUGCACAGAAGCAAAACAAAAGUCGGAGAACGAGUCACCCGACACCCUCAUUGACAUAGACUACUACAAUGAUGCUGCGGUUGCGGAGGGCAGUGGUUCUGGGAUGGACAGUGACACCGACCUGGAGACUGACGAUGAAGACCUCAUGACAUCAGAAUCAGGCAGCGGCGCCAUGGGGAUGCCCAAGAAAGGGGACAAAGUGACAACGCUGCCAACAACGAAGAAGCCGUUGACGCCGUGUCAGAACCUGCGGGAGGCAAGUAAACACCUGCUGGGGAACUUCGUGCCGCGGUGUACGGAGAACGGGGAGUACGACAAGAUGCAGUGUCGUGGGCACCCGGGGACAGGGACUUGUUGGUGCUCUGAUAUGAACGGGAGGGAAAUACCAGGAACAGCCAUGGCACAGGGAAAAGUUCCAGAUUGCGAAAAAGGCUCAAAUCUGCCGCCGUGUGUGUUUAAAUAUAUGCAGCACCUCCGGAGCAAUCUGCUGGGUGGGUAUCGGCCACGCUGCACGCUGGUGGGAGAGUUCGAGAAGCAGCAGUGUGACGGGUCUGUGUGUUUCUGUGUCAACAGCCUGGGCGCGCUCGUACACGGCACGCAGGUCACGCGACCAAAGACUCCAGACUGCACAGUUAAGACAUCGGGAGUAGUAAUAGAAGACAUGACGACAGAAAAAGCUCGCACAUCACCAAAGAAAGAUAAGAAGAAGAAACCACUAAAACCAGGAGUUGGGUACACUAUUCAACCACCAAAUGAUAAAACGCCCAUGGACAAAGAUAAGCAUACUGUCGAUAUGGUGAUACCUGGCAUAGCUACAGACAAAGCUGAGGACUCGACUAGGAAUCCCAACGAAACGGGUGAACAGACGGGUGUCUCAGCCGCCCAUGUUAUCACACAGCCAGGAAUUCUGGCAGCCAUCAUCGGAGGAGCGGUUGUGGGACUUUUGUGUGCCAUUCUGCUCGUCAUGUUCAUCGUUUAUCGGAUGAGGAAGAAGGAUGAAGGAAGUUACCCAUUAGACGAGCCUCAUAAAAAGAUGCCAGUAUAUUCACCUAUCAGCCGAAAUGAUAAAGAAUUCUAUGCGUGAGAAGAAACAACAACAAAAAGAACUAUAAAAAAACCUUUUUUUUGGAAAUCAAAAUCCUAAGGCACAACAAAAACAAAAUGGCUGUUGCAGGUCUCCAGAAUACAAAAAUGGCAGAAGCUUAUUUAUUUUGUGGGGGGAAAAGUUGAUAUAGCUCAGUUUAUUAUAUAGGGGAAACGUUGACAAAGCUCAAGUAAUUAUAUUGUAUAUUAGAUAAAAAAAACAAAUGGUUGUAAUGCUUGUAUUUGGGAGUUAAUAAUAGAACUUCAGUGAUUGGCUGAUAAAAAAAAAAGGAUGUAAAUAGAAAACCAAUUUCUGAUUGGCUACAAAAAUGGAGUUAACAAGAGAGUAUCAUGGAUUGGCUAUAAAAUAGCUGUGUAAUUUUAAAGAUGAAUCUUGAUUGGCUAGAAAUAGCCGAGAGAUGGCGGAAAAUCAGAGUUUUCCAUUUGUGUGUUCACUGGGUUCAAGCAGCCAUUGUUUCCAGCAUUACGCGUGCUUCUAUAGUAGCACCAGGUUGAACGUCAGUUGCCUUGAUCAAAACUUUCUCAUAUUUAUCUGUAUCUAUUCAUACAUAUAUACAUGUGCGUAAAAUAUUGAAAAAAAGACUUACCUCAAACACAUAGGCAUAUGUGACGGGUGGAGGAUAUUGGGGGGAGGGGGGGAGGAGGUGGGGGGUACUGCCUCUUCAGUUUUAGAAUUGGAAAACAUGUUUUUUUGUGUGUUUUUUUCAGGCAAAGGGUUGGAAAUGUGGGCAGUAGUCUAUAAAUAUCAAGAUAUGCUUACAGACAGAGGAGGCUCCCCUCCCCUCCCCACCCCUCCCCCUCCCCCUUGCUGUCAAGCCCUGUAUGUUUAUGUUCAGACACAAUGAAUAUAUUAUUAUCCUAAGUGUUGAGCAUGGUGAUUCAGCACUUGCGUUUGAUUUUUAAAAAAAUGCCUCAGCCAAAGGCGAAUGCUGAUGCAGAAGUAGUUUGCUUCAGCUGAAAUUUUUUCUUUUCUUUUUUCUCAGCAUUUGUAUUUGAAAUGCCUGUACAACAAAAUUUUCAAGGGUAAAAAAAAAAAAGAUGCUGAAUGCUGAUGGAAUUUGUAAGGGCUAGUGCUGAAGUGUCACACUUGCUAAAGAUUAAUUUUGAUCUAUUCCAUUUCUAAGAUUAUAUAGGGAUAUUUGCCUUAUUAGGAAAAAGUUCAAAAACGAAGGAGAGAUUUAAAGUUUGAUUAAAAACAUUGUGUAUCUAAGAUAGUGCUAAACAAAUUGUGUCUAAAUAUGAUGUGUGAUUGUGUACGCAAAUAAUAAAACAAUAAAUAGCGAUAAACAUUGAACUUUGUACAGACCUUUUUCACAUGAUGUGUUUAACUCUGAUAUUAUUGUAUUAAAUAUAUAUUUUCAGCUGCAGUCUGUAGUAUAUCAUUAUUAUUUAACUAUUUAGAAAACAUUAUUCACGUUAAAUCUUUCCUGUGACGCACUGGUCAGUGGACUAUUUGUGUGCUAUAGAGCUAUGGAAUUUUGAAUGGAGCAAGAAUUAUGCCAAAAGAGUCGAUUUAUCGGUUCUUAUCUUUAUACUACUAGCCAUAGGGGUUGGAUGGGGUGGGGGGGGGGGGGGGGGUGGAGUGCACUUUUUUGAGGACAGGUAAUGUAUCUAAUUCGUGGUCUAGAUAGGUGAAAAUAGCUAAAGGAAAUCGAAGAAUGGUGUUUCAGGUACAGGUCUCCGACAACUGCGAGAACAGUUGUUUCGUUUGCGCGUUACUUGCACAAAUCUAAUUCUGCCUAUUUUUCGUUUGCGCAAAAGUUGGAACACCAUUCAGGGUUAGCUCUGGCACUCGUCAAAUUCGCCAUCUAUUAUGUAUAUCUACUAUUCAUACAUAUAUACAUAUUGAAAAAAGACUUACCUCAAACACAUAGGCAUAUGUGACGGGGGCGGGGGAGGAUAUUGGGGGAGGAGGUGGGGGUACUGCCUCCUCAGUUUUAGAAUUGGAAAACAAGUUGUUUGUGUUUUUUCUUACACGGCUAGCUCUGGCACUUGCCAAAUUCACCAUUUGCGAAUUAUAAAAACAAUUGGUGAAUUUUAUUUUAAUUUUUGCGAAAUAAUUUCAUGAAAUAAAUGAAAUAUUGUUUGAAAAUAACUGGGUUCCUGGCAUUUUUUAACUUUUGUAGAUAAUUUGGGGAAAUUUUCUGCUAACCCACAGCUAACCCUGUUAACUUGGAUAUAUAACGGGUUACGCAGAAAGGAAAUGGGUUACCUGGAUUUAUUUCUGUGUAACUGAUAAAUGGUUUACGCAGAUUUUCAAUUAUCAGUGGCUUGAAUAACAAAGUUAACGUGGAUGUUCUGUUUUAAAUGGAUAAAUAAUAGAAAUAUUCUACACACUGCAGCUUUCACAAGUAGACCAAAAACAAUUGUCAAAAACCGUGGCUUUGUUGUGUGUGUAUAAAUUAUAUCAAAUUUAAAAGAAACAAAAAAACAAAAAGAUUUUUUAUCUUUUUUUCUUUUCUUUUUAUACCGAGUGGUAAAUGAAAUUUACAAAUAUUUCUGAAUCAAAAUAUUUCUUGUAUUAAUUGUAAAUGUUGGUGAAACUGAGAUGCAUAUAUCCCCUCCAUUUUGAAAAUGUGUUGAUUUAAAAACUUUUUUGAAAUUUUAUGUGAAGACAGUUGAAAUCAUGUAAGAAAAAACAUGUUCUGUUUGCUUGAUAAAAGAGUUAUUAUCAACAUCAUGGAAUGUUUCAUCUUCCAGGCUACCGGUAAUUGAAAAAGCAGAUGAUUUAAAAAAAAAAAAUUAAUUACAUGAAGGUGUUUACUUUUAAUUCAUUGUGUUUGCUACAGAUGUCUUUAUUAUAAAUAAUAGUUUCGUUCAUGCAAGUUUUAUGUAGAAGCGAGCAAAAUUUCAAAGUUGUUUCUUUUUUCGUGUGUUUUUUUGUGUGUGUUUUUUUUAAAUAUAAAAUGUACCUAUAGAAGUAUAUUACAUAUUUUGUUCUAAUCUUGAUGAAAUGAACAAUGUGGUCAUGUGACUUGGCGACUCAUCACACGCGAACAUUCCACUCUGCUAGACAGGGUCAAGGUCAGAUGAGGUCGUUGUCAUGACAACGAUCUUUAGAUGACCUUUCAUUUUGUUCUCCGUACUUUGUUCAUCAUGUAGCGACUGUCCUCACCUCCCACCCCCUCUUGUUACCCCCACCCUUUAAUUCCUCCCCUAUAAUCCCCUCCCUGUUUGUUUUAUGUUAAUAUUUUUUGUUACAAAGCUUUAAUUUACGUUCCCGGAGAUUUACAGUGUAGGUUUAUUGGCUUUGAUUACCAGUGAUGGAAUAAAAUCAGAAAAAUAAAAAUUUUAAAAAUAAUUACGGUACAAGAAUUUUUUUUAAACCAUGUUCUUGCAGAUAACAUUUUAAAUAUAAAAUAAUAUUUAGAGCUGAUUUGGGUGUUUUUGUAAAAAAAUAUAGAAUGUUAUUUCUAUUUUGUUUUAUUUUCAGAAUGUUUUUAAUAGUUUUUGGAUUUUUUUUUUUACAAGAUGUGUAAAUUCUAGUACAAGUUGCAUUAAAAACAGCAACAAAUUUAAUGUCAAAAUUUGAUACAUUUUUUGCAACAUACAUUGAAAAAAAACCUUACUGCAUUAUUGUUGGCAAGUUUAACUUAAGACUGACACAGAACCCACCGUUAGAUUGACAACACUGCCUCAAUAGGAAGACUCGUUUUUUUAACAGGAAUCCAGUUCAUGUAGAUGAACAUCAACAGAAUCCAAUUACAUUCCCAUAAAUAUUAAAAGAAGAAGAAAACAAAAUUAAUCAGACAUUCUGUGUUGCUGAACCUUUUUAUCUUAGUAGGCUUGUACAGUGAAACCCCUCAAAACUGGACCUCUGUAAACUGGAAUUCCCUCACACCGGACAUUUUUCACCAUCCCAUUUUAAUAAUCAAUACAGAAAUGAACCUCUCUAAACCAGAUACCUCUUAAAAUCGGACAUUUUACUUGGUCUCAAGGAUGUCCAGUUUAGAGGGUUUCACAGUAAUUGGAUUCUCGUUGAUCCAAAUGGAUUCUGGUAGACGUAAUGAAAAAUGAGCUCCGAAUAGUUGGUACUUAAAGUAGUUGUCUUGGCAUUUAUUGUACAUUGUGUUGAGUCCAGUAAUAUGAGUUAUUUUGAGAAAACAGACUGAUAAAUCAUCUGUAAUAUUCUUACUGUUACAGUAACUUUUAAGUGCUUUUAAAAUAAAGAUACAUAAAUAUACAUUUUCGGUGAAUAAACAAUGCCUGCAAUUUAGAAAAUGUCCAUGGCAAAAACGCAUGCCUUGAAAAACAUUUCUAAUAUAGUUCACAGCUUAAAAACAUGUCGUGGAAAAAGAAAAACUUCACGGCAUUGCUAAUUGCUGUUGGCAAUUGCAGGGGUCACUUGAUAGGUCAAUUUUAAAACUGUCAUUUAUCCCCAAAACUGCUGUGUGUAUUUAAUAAUUUACAAUAUGUCCAUGUUUAACACUUAGACACAUCUGAACUAAACGUGAAAUAUUCUUUUAUAAAUUUGGCUUUUAUGUUUUUAGUGUUUAAAAAAAAAAAAAAAAACCAUCUGGAAGAAGAAUUUUAACUCAAGUGUUUGAUGUUUUCAGUCAGUACACAUGUAUAUAGUAAUCAUAUUUUAUAAAAACAGUUUGCAGACUGGGUUUUUUUCCACCUUUUAUUUUACUGUUGAUGAGUUAUUCUUUAUAAUUGUUUUAUCUUUUUCUUAUUUUUAUUAAUAUGUUUUUAAUAAAACCUUGCUUUAUCCCAACACCGAAGUUACAAAUACGAUUUCUCUUAGUAUAUAUUAUGUGAUUCCAGUAUAACUGUUUUAGUGGCUCAGGGUUUUUUUUUCAAGUUUUACUUCAGCUUUUUACCGACAGAUCUAUUUAUUUACCCUACCUUUGAUGAACAUGUUUGCAGCCCCUGCAAUUAAGAAAAUGCCCACGGCCAAAAAAACAUGCUAUUGAAAACACAAAACCCCUGAAUAGUCCUAGGGAAAAAAGUACCAUGGAAAACUAAAACCUCCAUAUCAAUCUCCACGACAUUGCCGAUUGCCGUGGGCAAUUGCAGGGCUUGUGUUUGGUCUAAAGUCUUUUAUUGUUUGCUCAACCCUGUUCAAUGCAGAGUCAGCUUGUAAAUUGGUCUCUAAUGAAGGUAACAUUCGUGAAGGAUAUUACGGCUUGGGCAGGAUAUGCUCAUCUCUCAUUAUCUCAAAAUCCUGUGCUUAUAUAAAUCAUUUUAGAGUCUGAAUUAAUGAUCCGUCUCCGUGUAGCCUCGGAUACAGAUUACAGCACGAUUAAACUCUGAAUUUAGAUCUCAAAAUUAAGUGUAAAUGAACUAAUAGUUUGAACCUCAAGUGCAGACUGCAUAUUUCAUCUUCGACUUCGACUCUAGGCACUAAUAGCCGAUGUGUAUUUUUGUGCUGGGGUGUCGUUAACCAUUAAUUCAAGGCACUAAGCUCGAGUCUGCAAUGUAGAUUUGAGUCUUCAGUUCAGACUUCAAGUUUGAGUCUGGACUAAAGAUUUCAAUCUCCAAUUCAGAUUUUAAGUCUGUACUAUACUGACGAUUUGAGUCUGAACUGCAGAUUUCAGCUUUCAUUUCAGACUCAAAUUUGGACUGUGAUUGAGCAGUCGUUGUAGACUCAGUGUCUGAACCUUGAGACCGGACUCAAAUUUCAAUCUUUUGAGUCCAGAUUUGAAUGUUAUAAAAGCAUGGGACUUGGUAUCAUCACUGAUGUGACUGUCGUUGAUGACUGCACUCUUGUCAUAGCUUUGUUGAAAUCUUUCAGGCUCAGUUUGUACAGAGAUAUGGCUUCUGAACACAACAGCUUUUUUUUAAGUUUAAAUUUUGAUGGCUUGAAGUUAGUCUAGUAAGUUAUAUUUAAACUUCAUAAAAUUUCAUUUAUCAUUAUGGGUUGUUGUUGGGGGUUUUCUUAGUUAAUUAAAACAAUGUAUUCAGAAUAAAUAUUUUUGUAAUCUGAGGUACUGGUUAAUGUACGUGUACUUAAGCCCAAGAUCACCGUCGUUGGGUUAAUGGAAGGAACGUCGCUAAUAAUGCAAGAUUUAUGUUCAACGAAUGUUAUUUGUGAUUGUAGUUGCAAUAGUUGAAGAUCAAAUGGGAAGUGAAAUUUGUUACGUUUUUAGCCAGUUGUCGAUCCAAAAUUUUCAUUUAGAGGGCCAUUCUUAAUUUAUUUGCACAACUGUUCUUAGAAUCAUGUUCAGGGUUAUCACUGUUAUGCUAGUGGUUACAAAGUACACCUAUUAUGCUAGUGAUUACAAUGUACAACUAUCAUACUAGUGAUUACAAUGUACGACUAUCAUAAUAGUGUUUACAAUGUACGACUAUCAUGCUAAUGGUUGCAAUGUAUGGCUAUCAUGCUAAUGGUUGCAAUGUAUGACUAUCAUGCUAGUCGUUACAUUGUACAGUAAUCUUCUUCUUUUUUUCUUGUUACAUUGUACAAUAAUCAUGCUUAUAUACAGCUAAGGCAUGUGGUUACAUUGUACAGUUAUCAUGCAUGUGGUUACAUUGUACAUCUAUAACGCUAAGAGCUCUAUUUAAAAUUAUUUACUUUUCCUUUCUUUAAAAUCUACAUUAUUUGGGAGCUGAAAGUAAUGUUUCAGAGAGAUCAGAUAUUUAGUUUUCGUUUUUUGCUGUUAUGCUAAAUAUUUAUCAUUAACAUUUGAUCAAAAGGGUGGAAGUUAUUUGUAUGUUGUCGUAGCAGUUAAGAACGGUUUUGCACUUUGUACAGUUGUGACAUUUGUAAUGUAUUACACACAUACAUGUAUAUUCAUGUUGGCCAGUAUGGAUGUUUUGUUCCACAUUAUUUUGCAUUCUUAAAGUUUGAUUUAUUUCAAAUAUAUGUAAACUGUAAACCCAAAUGUUGAUUUCUUCCAGAAAAUUGACUCUUUAUUAUUAUUAGAGGUUAGUAAUGGACAGUCAUAGACUUGGAACCCAGUGUUUAAAUACAUUACUUGGCGCUUCCAAAGUUGUCUUUAUUUGUCAACCUUUUAUUUUUAAUUUUUUUAAACAAAUUAGCUUAAAAUAAAGAUUACAAAAUAAAGUGGAAUAGGAUUCCAGAGGCUUAUUAUAUUUUGUACUAAUGAGGUGUGCUUUGUAUGUUUUCGUGUUAGCAAAUGUACAAAUAAAUAGACCAAUUUGUAUUAGUAGUACAAAACUGAAUUGAUCAAUUCGUGCCAGCGGUACGGAAAUUAAUUAGUUCACCAAAUAUUUGUCUUUUUCAGUGACUUCAUGUGGGUUUUUUUAAUGCCUUUUUUUUUCUGAAUGUGAUUUAUCUUGUAAAAUAGCCAGCCAGAAUUCGUAGACAUUUAUUUUUCAGUAUACUUACAACAUUGAACAAUGAAUUUUAGAAAUUUUUAUUUCUUAAACAUCAGUAGGAACUGAAAAACAAAAUGUUGUGAAUUUUGUUUUUAUUUUGGUGUAUAUUAUGUGAUUUUAUGCCCAAGCUAAUUGAUACUGUGUAGGGAAAUAUAUUUUGUACAUAUACUUAAACUGUUUUUAACACAUUUGAAUAUUGCUAAGUUUUGCAUACAUUUUGUUGUUUUAUGUCCGAACAAUUUUACUUCUUUGUGGUGAAAAAAAAGUAACCAUUAUUGUAUGGUACAUGCCUUUUCAUUGCCAUUUUGUUUCUUUAUCAGUUGUCCAAAAAUUAAAAAAAAUAGAUAAAAAUAACAAAAUGUUAUCUAUGUGACCAUUGAUAAAUUGAUGACACAAUUUAGUUUAUUUGAUCUAUUUUUAUUUUUUGUUUUAAGAAAUGUUUUAAUAAGAUUUUUUAUGAAAAAAAAUUCAAACAUUCUAAGAGAUUUUAAUAAUAAUAAAAAAAAUCAAAUGUCACAGGUCAUAUUUUGUUUUAUUGUCCUUUGUCUCAGUUAUGUACGUAUAUAUGAUUUUAUUGUUCUAUAAUAUCAUGUGAUAGGAUAUGGUUUAUAGAAAUGUGUCUCCAUUAGAAUCUGUAACUUCCUUAGGUUGUGAUUGGUCGGUUCAGUCAUCUUUAUCUCGAGUAAACCAAUCAGAUCCUUUAUUGCAUUGAUACAGUGACAUGUUUGGUUCAUUUGAACCAUGUUACUGUUUAUCUACCGGCCUCAAUGGUACGAUGGUUGGAUCUUCCGAUCCACGGCUGAUAGGUAUUGGGUUCAUAUCUUUAGCUUUAACACUGUAAUGUUACGGCAAUUUGAACUAUAAUAAUUUUGUAAUAACAGCCUCUUAAAAGACACGGUACCUAGUUGUUAUGCUGUAUGAAAUAUUUUCAAUUUUUCAAAGCUUAUUUUUUAAAAAUUACAUAUUACUUGUAAUUUCUUGCUUAAAGAAUCUUAUUUUGACAAAUCUAUUGCAUUCAUGGUCAUGUUGGUGUUUUAGUAAAAUACAUUUUAUGCGAGUUCGAUGAGGGGUGUACCUCUGGAACUUGAGUCAUUACCUUUAACAUUUAGCAUACGUUCUCUCAACAUUCUCCAGUGCAAUGCAGUUCUGGUUGGUUUCUUUGAGUAUGAAGGUAACUGACAGUUUCGCUAUCUAAUCAAGACCAGUAAUUCCUCAUUUAAGCCAUUCCAAUUUAUUUUCUUUCUUUUAUAUAUUAAAACCUCAAGGUAAACCAUGAUUCCCUUAGAACCGGAUCCUCAGUAAAGUAGAAUUCCAUCAAAACCGGACCCUCAAUAAAGUAGAAUUCCCUCAAACCCAGAUCCUCAGUAAAGUAGAAUUCCCUCAAAACCAGACCUUUUCAAGACCCUUUUUAAAUACCUGGACAUUGUGACUGAGUCUUAAUCGGAUAUAUGCAUGAAAAUCAAAUUUCAGAUGAAAUUGAAUCUGUGAACACAAGCAGGAGUCAAAAUUGGUCGACAUUACUGCCGGUAAUUUGGAAUGAACAAGCAUGGAAGGCGCAAGACACUAGUGGGUCUGGGGGCAUGCCUUCUAGGAAAUUUUGAAACCUAGAGGCUCUGAAAUACCAUUUUGCAGCCAUUUCAGGGAAGUAAUAUACUUAAAACAACUCAAAUGGUUAAGAAGAGGAUUUUCUUUCUUUAAGUUUCUAUUAUUGUUACAGCCAUGUGGUCCAAAGAGUAAAAUAAAAUCUCCCAGCCCAUGCUGAUGUCGUCUGCCAAAACAGUCGACAUGGCAGUAUUUUAAACCCUGACAAGUUUUCUUUUUCUAAACGGCGAUGGCAAUAGAAAUGAAUUUCUGUUAUUUUCAUUGUCCCUACUCCCCCCCCCACCCCACCUCUAGCUCUCUGAAAUGAAUAAUUUGCAUGAAAAGUGGAAGAAAUUAAGUUGGAAUGGCUUCCGACUACCUGUAUAAGUGGGUGGAGGAGGACUCGUUGCAGUGAGUACGCGUCUAGUUGUAAACUAUAUCUUGGUGCCUGUAUUCUCUAGCAUCAUCACCUUCUAAUACUAAACUCAAGUCGUACAAGUUGAAGAAAUAAACGUUUUUUCAUAAAAAAAAA